CCGCCCGCGGCCCGGCGGCUGCUGCAGGUGAAGCCCGAGCAGGUGUUGCUGCUGCCACCGGGGACACCACUGCCUCAGGCCCGGGACGAGGGCGCCGCCGCCUCGCCCGCGCCUGCGCGACUGCUGCAACUGAGGCCCGAACUCCUGCUGCUGCCGCCUCCGCCGGUUUCCGAGAGCGCCCCCUGCAGGCCCGACUUGCACCAGGUGCAGCCCCGGCCGCUGCACGUCAAGGCCGAGAAGCAGGAACCUGGGCCUGGGUUGGACCCAUCCGUGGGAACAAGGAGGGCCGUCGAGGCGGGCCCUAGAGCGUCCAGGCCGGCCAAGGUGGAAGGCCCCGGGCUGGUCCUAGACAGCCGCCGAGGGGACGAGAAGAAGGGCAAGCUGGAAGCGGAGGAGGUCAUGAGAGACGCAGUGAAAGGCGGGGAAGGCAAAAGCCCGACGGUCAUCCACGAAGGCGUCAUCAAAACUGAGGAGCCGGAGAGGCUUCGCGAAGACUUCGGCACGGAGCUCGCGGCCAAUGGCCUGGUCCAUGGCAGCAAGGAGGUCAUCCUGGCCCAGCCACCAAGCACUUUUGGGCAGCACCAGCAGGACCUCAGGAUCCCUUUGACUCUCCACACAGUUCCCCCAGGGGCCCGUAUCCAGUUUCAGGGCCCUCCACCUUCAGAGUUGAUACGAUUGGCCAAGGUUCCCUUGACACCAGUGCCUAUUAAGAUGCAAUCCUUAUUGGAGCCUUCUGUAAAAAUUGAAACCAAAGAUGUCCCGCUCACCGUGCUUCCCUCAGAUGCAGGAAUACCAGAUACUCCCUUCAGUAAGGACAGAAAUGGCCAUGUGAAGCGACCCAUGAAUGCGUUUAUGGUUUGGGCAAGGAUCCACCGGCCAGCACUAGCCAAAGCUAACCCGGCAGCCAACAAUGCAGAAAUCAGUGUCCAGCUCGGACUAGAGUGGAACAAACUUAGUGAAGAACAAAAGAAACCUUAUUAUGAUGAAGCACAAAAGAUUAAAGAAAAACACAGAGAGGAAUUUCCUGGUUGGGUUUAUCAGCCUCGACCAGGGAAACGAAAACGCUUCCCUCUAAGUGUUUCCAGUGUAUUUUCUGGUACCACACAGAAUAUCAUCUCUACAAAUCCUACAACAAUUUAUCCUUAUCGCUCACCUACUUACUCUGUGGUAAUUCCCAGCCUACAAAACACCAUCACUCAUCCAGUUGGUGAAACUCCACCUGCUAUCCAGCUGCCCACACCUUCAGUCCAGCGUCCAAGCCCCAUCACGCUUUUUCAGCCCAGCGUCUCCAGUACUGCCCAGGUGGCCGUCCAGACCCCAAGUCUACCCCUCCCUCCAGCAUUCCCACCACAGCGCUUUGCCGGGCCUUCCCAAACGGACACUCAUUGCUUGCAUUCUGGAGUCAGUCGCUCUGUGAAGAGACCCACCCCUGUCUCUCUGGAGAGCACCAACAGGAUUCCAACCAGUGCAAGUACUGCCCAUGCCAGAUUUGCAACCUCUACCAUCCAACCCCCCAAGGAGUAUUCCAACAUUUCUACUUGUCCCAGAAGUGCUCCAAUCCCCCAGGCUCCUCCCAUUCCACACUCACACGUCUACCAGCCCCCUCCCCUUGGCCAUCCAGCUACAUUGUUUGGGACACCACCAAGGUUCUCUUUUCAUCACCCUUACUUCCUACCUGGACCUCACUACUUCCCAUCAAGCACGUGCCCUUACAGUCGGCCUCCCUUUGGCUAUGGAAAUUUUCCAAGUUCAAUGCCAGAAUGCCUUGGUUAUUAUGAAGACAGGUACCAAAAACAUGAGGCUAUGUUUUCAGCUUUAAAUAGAGACUAUCCUUUUAGAGACUACCCAGAUGAACGCACACACAGUGAAGAUUCCCGGAGCUGCGAGAGCAUGGAUGGGACUGCUUACUAUAAUAGUCAUAGCCACAGUGGGGAAGAGUACUUAAGUCCCAUGCCUCAGAUGGACAUGGGUGCGUUGGAGAAUGUCUUCACAGCCCCGACAUCAACUCCCUCUCGCAUCCAGCAAGUCAACGUCACUGACAGUGAUGAGGAGGAAGAAGAAAAAGUGCUCAGGAAUUUAUAAUUUUAAAACAAAUAUGCACAGAAA